AUGAUACCCUGCAUUUUGAUGCUCAUAUCCGUCGGAAUCGGCCUAGCAACUCUCAUCCUGACGUUUAUCACCAGCUUCCUCCUCUCAAUCUUUGCCGGGCUUAUCUUAAGUGCUAAGGGUGUGUUGUGCACGAUAUUAAUUGUGAUUCUGCCCGUCUCGAGAUUAAUAUUCAGAUUUAAGCGCGAAAGGGAGGAGGAGGAGGGGUACGGGAGACAUGCAGCUGCGGCCAAAGAAGCGCGAAAGGAGAGGGAGACUAGGGAAAGGGGGCUGCGCCAAUUACAGGAAGCUCUCCGCCAGGCAGAACUGCGAGAGCGUCGAUCCAUGGCUGGAAACAGCCUCGGGGAGCAGCAGCCGUUCGAAAGAACAGGGCCAACUUCAUCAAUGGAUACUAGUAUGCCCCAAAGGGUAGGAUGGGUUGUCAACCUUAUCGAGGCAAUUGGUCGCGCAAGUAGCGCGGUUGCCUCUGUACCGGCCGAUUUAGAUGACCGCGGUAUUGGGACGGAGGAUGUCAGCUCGCUACUGGGAGGUGACUGUGUGAUGUGUUGUGUGCGCGCGGCAGAUACACUGGUGAUGCCGUGUAAACAUCUCGCCCUAUGUGGAGCGUGUAGCAGCAAGAUGAGAAUUGGAAGUUCUGAGACCGAGGGAAGGUGCCCGCUUUGUAGGGCCCGCAUUGUGGACAAGAUGAAAAUCUUCCGGAGUUGA